AAGAAUCGGUGGAGGUAAAUAUAAAUGGCUCUUUUAAAAUUUUUUUGGCGUUAAUAUGAGCAUUGACACCACUUGAAUAACCAAGCAAUUAACAAUGGCGGACCUUCCAGACGAACUAUGGCGGAUAAUCCUGGAAAUAGGAGUCAAAACCUUAAAAAUUUCCAACGACAAUGGUUUGAGCUUCAAAGACUUGUGCUGCAUCGCAAUCUCUUGUAAACGCCUUCAUCGCAUAGCCAACGAACCCUCGCUUUGGUCCUCUUUGCUCUCCGUCGACUUCCCUCUUCGCCUCACCAACAACAAUUCAUCGUCUUCCUCUUCGUUUUCCCCCAAAUCACUCUAUAAAUCUUGGUAUGAGAAAGAUAAGGCGAAAAGGAUAGCGGCACAUACACGAGUUGUGCUAAGGAUUGAGAGUCGGAUUGCUGAACAUUCUAGAAAGCUUGAGGAAUUGCGAACGCGUAGGCUUGAAGAGACUGACAGAAUGAAGGCGGUCGCUUCGGAAUUGUCGAAUUUGCAUAAGGUCAGGCAAGCUUCUGUAGCUUUAAAUGUGUGGCAGCCAGAGGUUGUUCGGGGAAGACAGAAACAAAUAGUGGAGCAAUGUGCUGUUCCUGUUGAUUCACGGAUCAAUGCGCUUAAGAUGGAGCUGAAGCUCUGUAAGCAGCAUGUUGUUGUGCAUGAGAAGACUUAUAGAGAUGAAAAACGAAGGCUUGAAGAAGCAAAGGAACAGCUAAAUUCCAAGAAGUAUCAUCCUUUGCAAAAUGUUCCUGUAACUGAGAGGAGAGUUGGUGAUCCUAGCAUUAAGAGGAAGAAGUUGAAAAGACAUAUCUCGGAUGAUGAACAAAGUUAAAAGGUAUAAGUCCGAUACUUUAUACAUGGUUGAUAGGCAGGAUGCUGCUGCUGGAAACUUACUGUAGGCUCUCUAGGUGGUUGUUUAGUCCACAGCAGGUUCUUUCAUACAUUGUAGAGUGCAAUGUGAAUGCCUAGGACCUCUGUGGAUGUAUAUGGAACUUAGCUUUGAAUUGGCCCGAAAGAAGCAUACUGUCUCCCAAAUUUCCAACAGCUUAAUCUGCAGCAAUGAGCUGAGGACUGUAGCCAUACAUUAUUUGAAUCUAGAAAGUCACUGCAGCCAUUGCUUGUUUAUGGUGGGGACAUGCAGGAAUACGGCAAACUUUAACCUGGAUGGUUGGAUUGGAUUGAUAAAGGAGAUGCCAACUGCAAAAGUAUGAAUCAUGAGCAGACUUACACUUAGAGUAGUUUGUUGUAAGAUUGGUGUUGAUAACUUUUGUUGUCUAACAACCUAUCUUAUGUUUCUAGUGUUGGUAGAAGGUUCCUCGAGGCCAACAAUUUCGCUCGACUUUACUUAGUAAUCCUCUUGGUUUGUUGAGUGUUCAUCUUGGCUCUUCAAAUGUAGGUUCUAAUCAUCAUUCCUUGCGAAUUGAUGAAACUUCGUACUCUAAUUCCCUGGUUUAAUUGAGAGUGAUAGUUUUGAUGGUCGUUCUUCCUUACACGCUGAAGCGUUCGUUUGUCUCAAUGUUCUCCGUUGAGCUAUGGAUACUUGAGGAUUCCUAUCAACUAGUUGGUGUUCUUCUUGGCAUUUCUAAUGCCCCUGCUAGUUUUGCCAGAAAUACAGCAUUUGGCUUCCUCUUUUUGCGAAGAUGGUGGCACAAGUGCAUUGGGCUCAUGUCAAUGCUGCAGCAGGUACAAGGAGAAGCUUCUUGGUUUUAAUUAAUUUUGUUUCCCGAAAGUGUAAUCAAAGAAAUGAGCAGAGAAGGAGAUGAGAGGCUGGAUUCGGAGACAACGGAUAAUGAUGAUCGAUUGAGCUCACUUCCGGACUGCAUCCUGUCUGACAUCCUCUCUAUACACUUGAUCUACUGCUGCUUCCUCCGUCUUGUCUUCGAGAUGGCGCUACCUCUGGACUCAAGUCUCUCGCCUGAUCAUCAGUCAAUACUCGAAUUUGGUGGAAAGCCUGGAAUAUUUCUUUUCUGCUGUCAACCACAGCUUACCUCGUCGAAAGUUCAUACAUCUGGUUUGUGUUUUGUGAAUAAGAAUCAAAUCAAGUGUCUUUUUUGAAUCUUGAUUCUCCACUAUUUGUUACUGGCAGCCGGCCUGAGCGAAUCGAGGUUAAUUUUUUCUGUUCCAUGUCAAAGUCGUUCUCACUACCAAUUUGUAUUUUGCAAUGUUCAUCUCUUGCAGAGCUCAAACUCGGUGGAACACAUCAUUUCAAUGCUCCUGAAUCCUGAUAUAGGGCUUUCCAAAUAUGAAGAAACUUUAUCUUUCGCCUGUUGGUGGUUAAAGAUUGUCAGGACUUUGCCAAAUUGAUCAAGUCUUGCCCACUAUUGGAAGAAUUAAAUAUUUCGUGUACAUCUUGGGAGGGUGAACAUUGUUUUCGUUACUUCAAAAGGCUGAGGAACUGGCUAUGACAUGGAAUAAGCCAAACUCUGUUCCUGCUUGUUUCUCGACUCGGCUAAAGACGAUAACAUUAAGAUGUCUAAGAGGAUAUAGUGAUGCUGAUGUUGAGAUGAUGGAAGCACUCUCAUUAAUGUGAUAGUAUUAGAGCUGCUUUGUAUUCAUGUUCUAGGACCACGUGAAACAAACACAUGGAAGAAUACCAGUUAUGUGAGAACUUGUUCGAUUGAA